AGUCGGUCUCUCAUUCAUCCGCACGGUCAUGCUGGUUACACUGGCACUGUUUUGCUGCUCACUCGCGGCGGCUCAGUUUGAUACACACUUUAAUACGGGUCGCCAUACGAUAGUGCAGCUGUUCGAGUGGCGUUACGAAGACAUCGAGCGCGAGUGUCGGACUUAUCUAGGUCCCAAUGGAUUUGGUGCCGUUCAGCUGUCUCCGGUGAACGAGGUACGCGAUGGAGUGAGUUGGGAAGAUCGGUACGAACCUGUUUCGUACAAGCUGACAGGUCGCUCCGGGAACGAGUCGGCUUUGCGGUCAGCAAUCGAAGCCUGCAACAAAGCCGGCGUGCGAGUGAUAGUGGAAGUAGUGUUCAAUCAUAUGGCCCGACCAGAAAGCGGUUCCUCCACUCAGACACGAGGAACGGCGGGGUCUAUCGUGAAUCCGGCCGCCCGUGACUACCCCGAUGCUCCAUACAGUGCGGCGGACUUUAACGACCCCUGUCGGAUCGUGAACCCAUCAGAUCCGCACGAGUUGCGCAACUGCUGGAAGGAGGAUCGGCCCGAUCUAAACCUCAGUCUGGCGCGCGUUCGGGAACGCAUUGUGGGCUUCCUUAACCGUCUGCUAUCGUUCGGCGUGGCGGGAUUCUUUGUCGAUUCGGCACUCUAUAUGUGGCCACACGAUCUACACGCUUUGUUCACAAAGCUUCACAACCUAACCACGAUUGGCGAUGUUUUCCCACCUGGAAGCCGCCCAUUUAUCUGCCUCGAUCUAUCGUACCACGGUUUAACAGAAGCAGAGGAUUCCCUGCGAACAAGAUGGAACGAUUACUCCGACCUCGGCGUGAUCGCACAGGACCGCUUUGCGUACGACAUUGGUGAUGUCCUGCUAAAAAGGAAGCCGUUCCAUUACUUCGUCAAUCUGGGCACUCGACUAGGCUACGUACCGCGGGAGAAAGCGCUCAUUUACGUCAACAAUCCACAGCUUCAACGACUCACCGAUGCGGACGGUGAUCUUUGGGUCGUGUCGGUUCGCAACCGGCGGCCGUACCAGAUUGGACUCGCCUUUAUGCUUGCCCAUCGAUACGGAAUGCCACGCAUUACGAGUUCGUACGAAUUCAGCAACGCUUCGCAAGGUCCACCGACCGAUGGGCAAGGUAAGAUUGCGCCUGUUCAACUUGAUCAAACGGGCUCCUGCCGUCCACCCUGGAUCUGUGAACAUCGGUGGCCCGUUGUGCGGAAGAUGGUUUAUUUCCGCCAUGUCACCAACGGAACGGGCGUACGUGCGUGGGUUGACAAUGGUCAGAAUCAGAUCGGGUUUUGCCGUGAUCGAGUUGGAUUUGUGGCGUUCAAUGCGGAGAUUUCGCUAACGCUGAAAGCAAAGCUGUACACGUGCCUGACGGGAGGCGUCUACUGUGAGCUGAUCAGCAGCGCGGACGACAUGUUGGAUGCGAAUGGAAAUUGCUCCGGAGGAAGCGUGCAGGUGGACGCUGAUGGCCACGCGGAGAUUUUCAUUAACAGCCGACUGGAGGAACCGUUCAUUGCACUGUUACAAACAUUUCAACCAUAACGAAAGGAGAUAAAUCGGCAAAAACGAGAUAAAAUCUACACAGAAAACCGCGCGACACAAACGUAGUGCACCGGCACGUAAACAAAGCUGUCACGAACUGCUGUUGACAGCCUGGAACAUUUAUAGGGUUCUCGUAAGCUGUCAGUCCUGGAUCGUCAAGGUUAUCCGCCUGAAAGUAUGCAAAUAGGUGUUUCCAACAGUCAUCAAGUUCAAACCGAUUCCCCACCAACGACGCGCACCGUUGUUUUGGUAUAUUUUGAUGAUGAUUUUUCAUUCGUUUGUUUUUAAUCUCCCUUUAUAUCCUUAUACAGCUUGAUGUAGCACUCUAUAUUAGCUUCAAAAUCGAAUCACAACAAUGAGAAGUGUUUGUUUUUGUUUUCUUUAAUUGUUUGGAAACAGAAACACUGAAAGGUUCGUAAUAAUAUGCGCUUCGCGUGUUUGUUUUUCUUUUCCCUUUUUUCCGUAUCUCUCACGUGCCCGUUUUUUUCUGCUUCGCUGCUCUUUACUUAUCUGUAAACUUUUCAGACCGUACAUGCUCGCGCCAAAAGAUUACACGUGCGUAUAUUCCUAUUCGAAAAUUCGUGGUACACGUAAAAAGUAAUGUUUUUUGGUUCUUAAAGUUGUUAAAGAGCUUGUUCUGCGUGUACGUGAGUUUUACUAUGCAUUGAUGUUCCACUUUGUUUGGUGACGGUGAUUGAGAGGAAGGUUUUAUCUUAAAAUCUCCUUACAAUAGCAACAUCCAGAUGGUUUUUUUUCUCUCUCUUUUUUUCUGUGUUGUUUUGUUCGUACUUGUUGACUCGAUUUGAUGGCAUAAGGGAAAAAUUCUCGUAUGCUGAAUAAUUAUCUCCUUUAUAUAUGCUUCCUUACCUCACUUCCACGAUUAAACCUGCUUAGUGGAGGGGGUGUUUUUUUUUCUUCUCUUUUGUUUACAAUAAACAGGAAAUACAGGCUAGAAGGAAGAAGACAUCUUGUUUCGAAAGAGUACAACGAUCGAUGAAAUAUACGAUUCCAUUUCCUGUUUUGCUCGUUUCAACCGUUUGCUGUUUUCUUCUUACGUUUUGCGUCAUUAUUUACUCUUUAUGGUUCAUCUCACUUUUAGGUUGGUUUUUUCUUCUUCUUCUCUGUGUUAAUGUUAUCUGUUUCUUACUUAUUUUUCUCAUCCCUUUGUUUUUUUGUUGCUUCCAUCUCCGCAACUUGGGUCAAUAGGCGUGUCUAUGCUAGAAGAAGGUGUUACGGUUUCCCAUCUUUGUUUUGUUACAUUCAGUUAAAUUGUAAAGUCUGUUCUCACUGGGUUUUUUUGUUUGUUUGUUUGCGUUAAGAGUCCAAUUGUUGUUUCCCGUACGGCCAUUGGUUUCGAUCUUUCGAACAAUAUCGUGCCGCCGCUUAUGCCCCGCAUCGUACAACGUUUUGCUAUAGAUUUGUUUAAAAAUUAAGGCAGUGGUGAAAUAGAAAUUGUAUCCUGCAUAUACCAUGUUCUUACGCUUGAAGCCCAUACCUUACCUUCGAAAGCCUCGCGGCGCCUCUGAGCGUUCUGUUCAGUUUGUAGCUUUUGUUCUCAUGUUCCGUGUUUUGUUUGUUCAUCCUAUCCCAGGGUCGGUUCUUCAUUCCCAUUUAGCUGACUGUUUACGUUUUCUCUUUUUUUUAUUCACUUUAGUCGAGUGCAGUAAACCCGAUCCGGUUUUUAUUUUGUUUUUAAAUUACUUUGUUCUAUAUUAAUUGUCACCGUUUAUACACUUUUCUUUAUCGCCCGCAGCGGUUGGUUCGCCGUUGUCACACUAACCGCAGCCUGAUAGUAAGCGUCAGGGAGCGGGACUUGGUGGGCAUUUGGAGGGUGGGAUAUAAUGUAAAAUUUCGUAAAUCACUCUCUCUCUCUCUCAACUAACUAACGCGGCGGUGAUGAUGAAACGAAGCAAAUCUAGUUGUUGUAAGUUCUGAGCAGCUCAGAGAAACCUGGCUUAUGAGGGGUAUGGGUUUUUGGAGUGGUUUGGAGAUACACGGGGUCCUCUAGCGGGUUUGUCCUAUAGGAAAGACUACACUGUCAACGUUAACAAAACCACACCGGUGGGUUUUUUUAUAUAGAGAGAGUAAUUAGUUGUAUAAGGUAAAUUUGUAGGUGCCAGUUACAAGGUUCACAUUUCGGCUGCGCAAUGCGUUCAUCGCGUACCCGCGUCCCGUAGUAGUGUUGAUGAUGAUUGUUGGCAAUACCUUCGCAUGCGUUCGCCAUUUUUUGUCUUCUCUUUCUUUAUUCCUCCUAACCGAAGCUCAGUUUGGUAAGACGUUUUCCUAUCAGGUUCUCAAGCUUUGUUCUGUUUUACCUCGUUUUCCUUUUACCUUGGGAGUAUUUAUUUAUCUGUUUUGUGUUAUGUUGUUGUUUUUAUUCGCUUUGUUUUACUCCUUAUGUGUGUGACUUUUCUCGUUUUUAAGUUUUGUUUUUUUUUUAUUCUAAGCUAAGAAUCGCUUUCCGUUUUUCUUUUUUGCUUUGCUUUCUUACACGCAGUAACGAAUUUCAAUUUCAACGAUUUGGCUGGAAUUUCGUGUACAGAUAAUGUGUUUAAAGUAAAUGCAUGAUAUGAAGUAGGACCAAUAAUUUAACGCCGCCUUUAACAAGUAGCUCGUAGUACAUAGAAUCUAGUGAAUGCUUGCUCACAUUGCUCACAGUAUAUGCUCACAGGUAGUUAGAUGCUAGCCUAAAAGUAACUCAAUCGAUUAGUUCCUUAAAAACGGGUAUAGUUUUAUAGCGGAGCUUCGAAGAAACGGGGUUGUCGCCACUAGUUCAUAGCGUGGAUUAUAGCGACUGAUCCACGACGGCUAGCGGACCUCUUAAGAUAAGGUGUUAAGGUUUGUCUUGUUUUUCAAAUUAUUUUAUCUGACAAAUUGGUUAUACAAGGUAAUUCUUAUAAGAAAAUUUAUCUCUAAUUAGUGUGGCAACUUGAAUUAAAUAUGGAAGUAAAUAAACAUAAUCAAACACCUUUCUAACGAUAAAAUAGGCUUCGUUCUCUCAACCCGUUCAACCAUCACACUAAAGCGACUCCAUCUGACUGACUCAAUUCCUGUCCCUGUCGUUGUGGGCUUCCGCUCCGAAUUUGUUUCUUCUUCGCUCUUUAGACAGUACUCUGGAAUGUUUACAGACUAUACAGCGUUCGCACGAAAGUAAGAGCGUCAGGGGUUAGCUAUCUCCCCCCCCGAGAAAGGUAGGCUCAGCAAGAAGUGUCGCCAAACGUGCGUCAAAACACCGACUCACCGUGAUUUAGGUUCUGUUAUGUCUUCUGUACUUCUUCAGUAUCUUAAGUUACACAUCCCUCUUUUUUUUUUGUUGCUCUCCAUUCUCUUCUUAAUGUAUUCUCUAGUCAGUAGGUCACAUUUAAACUAUCUUUUUUUGUUUGCUUUAGUGUUCUGCUUCACUUCUACAUCAUUUCUGUCUGCUUUUAUAUCGUGUUAUAUAGAUUGUCAUUUUCGUUUACAUUCACAUUGAACGAUUUCUCCUAUUUCCUUCCUCAACCAAUCAUUCUAAUCACAUCGAAAUGCCCUUUUUCUUAUCAUUCCUUCUUUUUUUGCAAGAGUUUUGUUUUCUUCUUUUCCGCGAUUCCGUCUGAUAUGAUCUAUUAGAUCGCUUUUGUAACUUGUUUGUUCUUUUCCCUCUUUUUUUAUUUUCUCUUGUCUCAGUCCUAGUACCUUUCCUUAUUUUACCAUUUCUAUUUCCACACCUUAUAGCUUUCUUUCCCUCCUUGUCAAGUCGUUCAUCUACUACACUCGCUCUCCAAUACAUCCGAUCUCUGUCAGCUAGAAGAGAAUUACGAUUGCGCUUUCAUUUGUAUCGUGAAAUAAUAUCGCUUUCCUUUUUGUUGUGUCAAUUGUUUGCUGUAGUAAGUGUAUGGGUGUUUUUUAUGUGUAUAGUUAGUGAAUAAAUUGCUUGUUUGUUUUUCUUCCUCUUCCAGGUGUGUUAUACUUUUCGGAGAUUCGGUGUUGCUCCUUCGACAUGGGUUUCCACGUGAAUCCACGAUGAGCUCUGUUACAAUCUUACACAAUACACAAUAAAUAGGUCUCUCAUUAGAUUGUUUCGCACGGUUACAAUGAUUUUCAGCACGUUACGCUUUGGUGCAUGAGUGCAGCAUUUGUGUGAUGUUGCUGUAGAUGAGAUUUGUGUGAAGUAUUUAUUCGGUAAGUGGACAGCUGUGCCGAGACUCACUCUGUCUAGUGCUAUGGGUCUUAAACGCGUGUUUUAAGCUAACUUUCUUCUCCACAGCACUCUUGCUCCUGCCUGUGAUACAGGGUAAAGUGAUCCGUGUAGCGUGACUUGUACUCCGGUGUUUGUAAGCCCGGUUAUCGGUGUGAUGUGACCUCCAUCUUACUCUAUCAAUUAUGUUAUGUAUAUUUCAUUUUUCUUUCUCUCUCUCUCUCUCGUGUUAGUAUUUAAUCAUAUAAUGCGCCGGAAAUACAUCGCUCCUGCCCUAUCUGUCUUUGCUAGUGUUUCUCCCUUUAUUUUACCUCACAUUGGUUUUUUGCUUUAUUCGAUACAUAUAUAAAUAUAUCAGUAAAGUGCAAGAUUAAAGCUCCUUUUGGUUGUUCAUAAACAGGUUUCGAGAGAUAGAGAGAGAGACGGUGAUAGAGAGAAAAAGAGGAAGAAUCUGAGUGUGUGUGUUUAAGUGUUCAGAAAAGGGGAUUCGCAAGAGCAGAUGCUCAUGGCGGGUGUGAGUGUCAGUAUAGUAUGCAGAAAACUCUCGUCAGGAAGCAGAACACAUCCUGACGCGAAAAGAGUCGGAAAACGGAAACAUUCUCUCGAUCCUCUGUCUCUUCGGUGAUUAUUAUACGGUAAUAUUACUAUUAUUGCUACCAAAAACGAGUAUGUAUUCGACAAUUUCUACCGAUUAAUCGCGAACGCGUGCCCGGAUCUUAUGUUGUGGUGCUUUCCCAUUUUUUUUUGUUUGUUUUCGCUCUGAUUGAUUGAUUGUGUUGUUCUGUGGCACGUGAGUUACACAUCACUCUACCCUCGGUUACCUUUGCUGAUCACGGGUUUGGCGGCAUUUGCUCUACCAACUACACAAACGCCAAGAACCCAUCCAUUCCUUCGUUCGGAAUUUCUAACACUACAAACAUCAAGAAUCGCAGACCUAUCUUUGUGUAUGCUGUGUAGAAUGAGAAUGUAUGUGCUCCUAUCCCCUCGCAUUCGGAACAUUCGCAUUUAGCUUUGCUUCAAUUUAACGUUCUAUAUAGUGAAAAAGUGGUGUUUUCUUAGUACACACGAGACCUACACAUGGUUUGAUCCUGUCUUACGUGUUGUAUUUUCUUCUUUAAUGGUUAAUUGUAUAAUGUGUCCACUACCAUCUGCUUUUCACUCUUCCCCCAGUUUUGCCUUCGAACCGAACGGUUUUAAAGGUGCUGCUAGUGCUAGUGUAAUGGUUGUUGUUGUUGCUUGUUCUUUAUCCCAAACCCCAAAACCUCCCAUUUGUUUGGAGUCGAGAGAGAUGUCUUCUGCCUGCUGGUUUUGUCUACGGUCGCCUGCUGGGAAAAAUUUUGCUGAGUAAAUAUAUUUAUAGGGCGUUUCUAGACUCUUAUUGGCCGCACCAGGGCCAAUUAAAACGUGAUCUGUGCACACAGCCAAAUGGAGCAUUUUACUGGUUGUUUGCUUUGAUAGUUAAUUGUUAUUCUGUUUGGUUUUAUGGUUUCACUACCGUUUUUUCGAAAAUAGUUUCGUUUUUUUUAAAUCUAAUUUUGCUUCAGAAGACAAAAUAAUAUUCAAGUACGGAAAAUAUCCCUUUUCGAAGUGGAACCAAUAAAGCGUAACGAAAUCUCGAAUUAAAGUGGCCUUUUCUCUUGAUCUAGACCGAACAUCCUGUGAGGAUUUGUUCCUUCGCUUUUUCGCUUUUGUAUGAGCCCGUUGCGCACGUACGCCAUAUAUUUGUAUUUGCUUAUAUAGUAUAAAAGUGUGUAGAUUUUAACAAGGUGCAGAUGGUUUUUAAAGUGUGCACCAACCGCUAUCGGACAGAGUAGGUUCGAUUUUUUAAACACACACACACAUACACGAUCGGUUGCUCGAUUGUGCCGAGUUCUGGAAUCAAACCUCCGCUGACCGAUGGUCGGUUGGGCCACGGCAAUGAGUGUAAAAGUGGUAUUAGUAGAUAAAAGUGUGAGUGUGUUUGUUUCUUUUUUGGCAAUUACAUUCCCUCACCUAAGGCCGGUACAGCAGGAUCGUGACGCGUACACGACAAAUCCUCGGUGCCCUUCCUUGUUUUACUAGCUAAACAUGUACAGGAGAAUAUACGAGAGUAUCGAUUUGAGUUCUUAAAAACGAUCAGUAGAAGUACGAGUUUCACUUUUCGGUUUUUUUCUUUCUUGUAGAACGAAUUGCUUAUUUGGGUAAGGAAAGUUUUUUGCAACAAAGCAAACAAAUCGACGCAAUAUAAAUCUGCCCGCUAACACUCGCUUAAGUCGCGCCGGCAAGCCUCGCUUGCGGCGCUUAUUUAACGCUUACUAACAAAUUAACAAACAAACUAUCGAAACGCGCGAAAAUGGGAAGACGAUAGAGAUUUGGGAGGGAGAAUGAGAGAGCGUAAAAUAAUUCCUCUCCAUUGCUGUCUGAUUCGUAAGAAAGGGAACGAUGAAUAAGGAUGCAAAUACUGGCAUAAACAUAACACAUGACUCCACCCGCUGACCCAUGCUGACUGGACUGGCGAUAUAACACGAUGGCUACUUAGGACAUAA